CCCCCAGAAUUUGACAGAAGGGAGCCCAACACAGCCACCGUGGAUGAGAACCGACCUAAAGGGACCAAAGUGAUGCAAGUUAUAGCUACUGAUCAAGAUGCAGGGGAGAAUGGCACAGUAUCAUAUUCUCUAGCAAAUGCCCCUGGAGAGAAUGCCGGAACCAAUAACUUUGCCAUCCAUGCCUCAUCAGGCUGGAUUACUACAAAGGAAGUUCUGGACUAUGAAACCAAACGACAGUACAAGCUGGAGGUCAUCGCCAGGGACAACGGAGUCAGGUCACAGCAGAGUAGGCAAACCAUCACAGUUGCAGUUGGCGAUGUCAAUGACCAGGCACCUUUGUUUCAUGCAAAGAACGUCACAUUUGAUGUUGUCGAGAACACUGAGAUUGGGACUGUCGUUGGCGUUGUUACUGCCCAUGACAGGGACUUCGGGUGAGAACGGCCGAGUGUCGUACUACAUCAUAUCAGGGAACGUGUUCAGCCUUUUCACCGUGGACCGCACGUCAGGGGAGAUAACUAGUAUUAGGGAAAUCGAUUACGAGGAAUCCUCAUCGCAUACAUUGGGAAUUCGAGCCAUCGACAACAACGCCUUGUUCCCCAAGAGCAGCAACAUCAGCGUGACUAUUCGGGUCUUGGAUGUCAAUGAUAAUGCUCCAGUCUUUGAACAAGAUCCUGUUCUACUGAGAACCGUCAAAGAAAACACUCCUACAGGUCAUGCCGUGUAUACGUUUACUGCAACUGAUAAGGACUCCGGACUGAACGGAACUGUUCAGUACAGAAUCACCAGUGAGUCCUACUCCGGGCCUAACCCAGACACUGGUAGCUAUUUCAUGAUUGAUCCCAGUUCAGGACAGUUGAAGAUCAAGAAGAAUAUCGAUUACGAGAAAGUCCAUCAAAUUUCCCUCAUAGUAGAAGCUCGGGACAAGUGUCCUAGUCAGGACUGCGUGCUGAAUGCGUCUGUAACGACAAUUGUGUAUGUGAUAGACGUCAACGACAACAAUCCCAUCUUCGAGUCACCAGCCCAGGUGGAGAUCUUCGAGGACGAGAAUGUCAACUAUCCUGUGUUGUAUGUGUUGGCAACUGACAAAGAUGCAAAUGAGAACAACAGCGGAAAUAACUUGGUCACCUACAAGAUCCUCUCUGGCAACAACGCGGACAAGUUCCACCUGGAGAGCACCACAGGGUUGCUGACGAUAGCGAACUCUCUGGACCGGGAAGAACAAAACUCCUAUGCUCUAAACAUCAGUGCUGAAGACCACGGUUCACCUAAACGGAUUUCACACAAAGUGCUCAACAUCAUCAUAAAGGACGUCAAUGACAACGCUCCCCACUUCACCAACUCUACCUACCACGCCGGUAUCCCCGAGCACGCCAGCUCAGACGGCGUGGUGGUCACUGUCCGUGCUACAGAUGCUGACGUGGGCUCCAAUGCCAGACUGACGUACAUGAUUCCUAGUGGGAUUGCUGACAACAAGUUCAUGAUUGACAGCACCACUGGUGUGGUGAAGGCCACCAUGUCGCUGGACAGGGAGGAGAAGGAUACAUACAUUGUAUCAGUGUAUGUUCGUGAUGGAGGCUACCCCACCAACUACGACCAGGCAACAAUCAUCAUCAGUGUUCUGGACAUCAACGACAACUCUCCAGUCUUUAAAAGUAAAACCUACAAACUUAACAUCCCAGAAAACAGUGAGCAGACGUCCAUCUUUGCUUUUACCGCCUACGAUGCCGACACUGGGCAAAACGCUGACAUACUCUACAGCAUCACCGAUGGAAAUGAAGAAGGGAAAUUUUCUGUGGAUCCAAUUACUGGAGACCUGUCUUGUAAACCUUUGGACCGAGAAUUGACCGAGGAAUACAACCUGACCAUCGCUGCUACAGACAGGGGUUCAGUGCCUCGCUCUGGGGAAAGCCUAGCCUUCAUCACAGUGCUGGAUGAAAAUGACAAUGACCCUCACUUCAGUCAGCCCAUGUACAGCUCAGGCAUCCCAGAGGACAUACAGAGAGGUCACACCAUCCUGCAGGUCAUGGCCACAGAUGCUGACAAAGGUCACAAUGGUGAUGUCGCCUACUCCCUCGGCAACGACACUGAAGGACUGUUUAGUGUAAACGCCUCUUCAGGGGAGAUAACCACAAGCGGGUUGUUUGACAGAGAGAAGAAGAGCAGUUACUCAUUUGAUAUUGUGGCCAUGGAUGGAGGUAUUUCAGGCCCAAGGAACAGCACUGCUCGAGUUGACAUCAUCAUCACUGAUAUCAAUGAUAACGCCCCAGUGUUUGCAGAAGUGCCGUACCGAAGGAGCGUGGGACCAAGCACAGGGAGGGGGGUGGUGGAGAUACUCACAGUAUCAGCCCUGGACCCUGACGAGGGUGACAAUGGAGCUGUUGAAUAUCGUAUGGACCUGGCGUCUGGCAGUCAGCAAUUUUUCGAAAUGAAUGGAGCAGCUAUUGUUACGAAGAGGGACCUGGGGGGUGCCGUUGGCUAUCACAACAUUCAGAUUGUCGUGAUGGACAAGGGCAGCCCGGUCCUCAGCUCCACCGGAGUUGUUGAGAUCACAGUCGGCAACCCCAGUAGCCCGUCACUGUCGUUCACUCGGGAAGAAUAUCAUCAGACCAUUCCGGAAGAUAAUCGCAAUGGGACUGAGGUGAUUCAGGUGGGAGUCAUCCAGGUUUCCCCAGCUGUCACUUACAGACUUGCUGGCGGCAACGAUGGCAACCCAUUCAGCAUCAACGUCAACAAUGGAAUGAUCUCGGUGCACAACACUAAUCUCAUUGACUACGAGACGAGUCCGAGAUUGCGCCUGAUUGUCCAGGCCUCAGCAGGAGGAGCUGUAGCCUAUGCCACUGUCUGGGUCAACUUGACUGAUGUCAAUGACAAUGCUCCGAAAUUUACACAGAACAAAUACGUCACAUCAGUCUGGGAGAACAAUGCUCCAGAAACCUUCGUCACCAUGGUACAGGCCAAUGAUGAGGAUACUGGCAGGAACGGACAGGUCCUGUACAGCAUCAUCAACGGCAACGACGACAACGCCUUUGUAAUUCAACCACCUUACACUGGCAUCAUCAUAACGUCGAGAGAUUCCUCAUCACUGGACAGGGAGAUCCAGGACACGUAUCAGCUGACUAUUGAAGCUGUUGACCAAGGAAACCCAAGCUUGUCUUCAAGGUGCAUCGUGUCCAUCAAUGUCAAUGAUGAAAACGACAAUGCACCGUUCUUCCGCACAUUUCAGUCUGUGCAUAUCAGUGAAAAUCGUAAAGUGGGCUCCCAGGUUACCACAGUAACAGCUACAGAUGUGGACUUCCAGCCCAAGCUGGUCUACUCCUUCCAGCCCAACAGUAACGGUGAUGGCAGCUUCAGCAUCGACAGGUUCAGCGGCAGCAUCUCCCUCGCCAAAGCAGUUGACCAUGAAGUCAGGAACCAUUAUGUGCUGGGAAUUAUGGUGUCUGAUGGGAAACACAAUGCCUUCACUCAGAUCGACAUCUACAUUGACGAUGAGAAUGAUAACGCUCCUGAGUUCAGCCAACAGAACUACCAGGUGGCGCUAGAGGAGGCCACACUCCCAGGCAGAUCUGUGAUCACUGUCAACGCCACUGAUGCCGACUCUGGGGUCAACAAGAUAAUCAGCUACAGUCUCCGGUCCGACUUCAACCACAGCUUCUACAUCAACUCCAACACCGGUACGAUCUACACCAAUAAGUCCCUGACCUACGAGGCAUUUUCUUCCAUCAUUGAGCUUGUGGUCAUUGCACAAGACGGUGGCUCCCCCACUUUGUCUGACAUGGUGGCAGUCCACAUCCAGAUCACAGACAUCAACAAAUACAGUCCACAGUUUGAACAGCCCAGUUAUGAGGUCAACAUCAGCGAAUUCAGUGUAAAAGGCGAGUCCAUUCUUUCUGUGAGAGCCAUUGACCGAGACAUCACUCACAUACAUCGUGACGACAACAUCAACUACAAACUUAUUGGAGAAGGAGCCAGUACGUUUCAAAUUCGCAGAAAGACUGGCCAGAUCUUCCUCAUGAGCCAGGCCAAUCGAGAAAAUGUCUCCCAGUACAAUCUCACAGCCAUUGCAACUGACCGUGGUCACCCACCAAAGAGUUCAUCCGUGCCGGUGAAGAUCAUUGUUGAGGAUGAAAAUGAUAAUCCACCUCGUUUCCAUGAGCCAGAUAAUAUAUAUCAUGUUCCUCUUCCUGAGAAUACCCCACCUGAGCAGGUGUUUCUGCAUGUUGUUGCUGACGAUGCCGACGAAGGUCUCCAUGCUGAAAUACAGUAUACAAUUACAUCUGGAAACAACGAAGGUAUAUUCCAUAUUCACGGAACCAAUGGCAGCUUGUUCAUCAUGCCCGGUGCUGAACUGGAUUACGAGAGUCAUAAAUCUCAUCGACUUAUUGUGAGAGCAGUGGACUGCACAAGGUGUCUGCCAAACCAGCCCCGGUUGUCAGCGUUUGUGACAAUACAGAUUAAUGUGUCGGAUGUGAACGAGUUUCCCCCUGAGUUUCCAAUUUCACCUUACAAUGAAUGUGUGAAAGAGAACCAGCCCCCGAACACCACAGUGUUCCAAGCUCAAGCUAACGAUGGGGAUGGUGGGAUUUAUGGGAUUCUCAACUACAGCAUCAUCCAGAACAGUUCCGAUGCUGCUCUCUUCUCUAUCAACAGCAAGACAGGACAUGUACUAACCAGAGCCGAGUUUGACUACGAGCUCCGGAACUCCUACGCCUUCCACAUCAAGGUACAAGAUACCCAGUACACCAGUGUUGUGUAUGCCACAGUAAAGGUGCUGGAUGUUGAUGAGUAUGUUCCCAAGUUCAUUAAAGACCGUUACAAUUUUGCUGUGUUGGGUAGUGCUGGACGUGGUGACUUCGUUGGACAAGUCAGUGCUACAGACCAGGAUGGAGGGAAUGCGGGGAAAGUGGUGUACAUGAUUGAAUAUUCAGAUGAUUAUUUUGAAAUCAACCCAACAACUGGGAACAUUACCGUAAAACGAAUAUUCAAUGAAGAUGCACCUUCUCAAAGACUGAGACGAAAGCGUGCAUUGACGGGUGAUUCCACCCCUCUGAUUAUCAGGGCGUGGUCAGGGAGAGAGGAUUCGCUGGAAGCCACGUCAAGAGUGGAGGUCGACAUCGAUCGUGAUUGUGAAGGAUGUGCGUAUGCUCCCCAGCCACUUCAGGGUGGACUGAGUACAGUUGGCAUUGCCAUGAUCAUUGUGGUGAGCGUGUUGGUCCUGCUGGUCACCAUCAUUGUGAUUAUUUGUCUUGUGAGCAGAAGGCGACGACGCAACAAGCGUCCACCUCAUGACCCUAACGAAAAUGUCGACAGUGCUGCAUUUAGUUUUACACCCCCUCCUGCAAUGAGACCUCAUAUCAAUGGUGGACCUCCACCUUACAAAGAGCAUCUGCAUUUCGGACCAGACGCAUCAAAUGUGACUAGCUCUGAUAUAUCUGACCAAUCUCAUUCUGCCUCCAGUGGGCGGGGCUCAGCUGAGGAAGAGGAGGAUGAAGAAAUUAGGAUGAUCAAUUCCAACACACAGCUUCAGAGUUCACAGACGUUCAUGCGCCGCAAACAGAUGCCAGAUUCUGGGAUUCAGCAGGAUGAAGAUACUCUCUCCGAGCCAUCAGUUCAAAACCACCAAGAAUAUUUAGCCAAGUUAGGUAUAGACUCUACAAAGAUUGGCAAACCUAAACCCAAAGCCCAUCAAAUUGCUCAUUCCGUGGAAAGCAUGCAUCAGUUUUCUGAUGAGGGUGGAGGUGAGGGGAAUGUGGAUAUGGGUCACAGUGACUAUGAUAAAAUGACAGACAUGGAGACCGAUGAAGAGGUCGCCAUGAUUGAUAGAAACAAAGACUUGGGCUUCCAUGAGCCAGAAACUCAACAUGCCGGCUCUCUUUCUAGUGUUAUUAAUAGUGAAGAAGAAUAUAGUGGGUCUUAUAACUGGGACUAUCUCCUUAAUUGGGGGCCACAGUACCAACCCCUUGCUCAUGUGUUUGCUGAAAUUGCCAAAUUAAAAGAUGAUAAUGUUCAGCCAAGGAAACCACCGGUGCGGACAGUUCCUCAAAGACAUUUGAACACACAGCUGACCCCCAAGGUCAAGAUGGUGCCACCUCCCAUGAUUACGAAUGCACCACCAAAAGCCUUUGCUCCUCGGCCUAGUCACACAUCUUCUGGCAGUUCUUCCCGUGGUAUCCCUUCAGCAAGAGCGAGCACUAUGAACACUUCCAUGCCGAGUCUACCCCGCUCGCCAAUAAGCUACGACUCAAGCGUCACAUCACCAGCGCUCACCCCAUCUUUCACUCCUUCCCUGUCUCCCCUGGCAACAGGCUCCCCCUCUCCAGUUGUUAGUGCUCACGGGUCUACACAUAGUUCGGGACAUAAUACUCCAGGAAAAGGUGUCUCAAAACAAAAUAUCCGGCUCGCUAUGAGUGCUUCUUCAGAGUCUGAGCAAGAAUUCCGGAUAUGAGCCGUGACAUUCAACUUGAUGAAUGUAUUGAUUUUAUGAAACCAUAUGGAUAUUUUAUGAAUGAUUGUGAUAAAGAGACCUUUCCAAGUGACAUGGUUGCAAGCAUCUAGUUGUCCAUGUUGUUGUAACGUGCUGCCAGCAUUAUGGACAAACAGUGAAAUAAUUAUGCAAAUGUGGACCAUUGUUUCUGAUGUUGCCAUAGUAACAAAGAUGCAUGUUCAACGAUCAGCAGUGCAAUGCACCUGCUUGCUGAGUUAUUGGUAAAGUGUCUAUUUUUGUAGAUCAUCUGUGUAUAUAGGUCAUUGAUUAUUUUAGUCCUGUUAGGCUGAAAUUAGAAGCAUUAACAAUGAGAUUAUCUAAAGUGUCAUGCUUCCUGCAAAUUUAACAUUUCCAUGCCUUGUAGAUAUAUAUAAGGGAAUCGUAACAGUGUACAGAGAGCGAAUGUAUUAAGAAUGACUGUAGUACCAGAUUCACACAAGGUUUUUAAGUUAAAUAUGCCAAACUGCUGCAUCUGCAUUUUACAUCUGAGAUGAAGGCACCAAAGAUACCUGAAUAUGAAAUAGACAUCUGUCACAUUUUAUCUUGUUGAUUUUAGACUUGUUGAUGCUGAAAUACAGGUGUCCGUUCGUCUUCUGGUGACUCACAUUCCAAACAUGCCAGGGAACGUUAUUUUAAACUCUUCCCCUCCCUCAAUAAAAUCCUCUCUUCCUUCCUUUACAGGAACAGUUGUCUAUUUCAUGGUCAGCAUCACAGUUUAUUCCAGAAUCAGAGUAUCAGUUAGGGCAGAGAAGGACUAUGCAAACAGCUUUGCCAGUGCUGUCAGUUUUAUAAUUCAUUUCUCAUCAACUUGGUAGGAUUCAUCAAUCAUCUGUAUCGUUUAAGUAAAAUAUGAUUUUUUUAUAGUCAACAAUUACUGAACUUACCAGAGUAAUCAUUCAGUCCAUUCAAGUACAGUUAACAGCUGUAUUUUAAGUCAAAUACAUCGUUAUCGCUGGGGAAUGAUGGCUGCACUAUUUUGGCUGUUUGUCCCUUAUUGUUUUUCAUAUCCAAGUGAAUUUGUCACAUGUUUGGUCCCAGUGUUGUGAAGCUAGGUUCAAAAUAGAAACUCAAAUCUGGAAUAAAAUGUUUUUUCAACUCACGUUGAGUAUAAACACAAAUACUUUUUAUUGAUUAGUAAUGAAAUGUUAGUGAUAAAUAAGUUGUUUUAUUUUGCAUUUAUGUGUCUGUCAGUCCUGUGGAAAUGAAAUCUGGACCACAAUAACUCUAUAACCAAAGAGCUAAGGUCCUUCAGCACAGUCUGAUCAAAGGAACUGUUUACUGUACUUGAUAAGGAUUUGACGGCAAUGAAUUUUAGAAAACAGUCAGUGGAGAUUUGAAGUUGAUUAAACAGAAGAUGGAGUGUUAUUUGAGUCAUAGAUGUACCAUAUGCCUUCAUUGAAGCUGAUCAUUGCGUGAGUGUGUGAUGUAGGAUAUAUGAAAGCUCAUCUUAUAGACUGUAACCAGCUAAAUACAUAUCUUCAUCUGCAUUCAUUUUGUACAGUGUAAAUGCAAUGUUUACUUAUUUGUGGGUUUGCAUAUUUAUUUUUAUGUGCGAGCUGAGCUGAGAUAUUAAUAUGUUUUGUUAAGCUUGUAAAUAAUAUACAGUUUUUUUUGUAUGUGUCACUUUGUGACGUCCGCAAUCAAAAUAUGAAGUUAGAGGCAAAAACUAGUAAAGGAUACUUUGCAAUAAAAUGUCAAGAAUGA